AGAUUUUGAAGCGAAGCUACGCCCCAUCACUGCCCAACAGGGUGACAAUGCUGCAUUCAAGGCAAAUGUGACUGGGAAUCCUCAGCCCAGUGUGAGCUGGGAGCGAGCUAGUGGGUUCCCACUGUCUGUGGCAACAAAAUCUUCCCACGACAACAUUGACAAACAGCAUAUACUGAAGAUCAAAAAUCUGACCUUGGAGGAUGCCGAUGUCUACAAGUGCGCUGCCUCCAACAAGCACAGAGAUGCCGCCUUCUCCAUAUCGCUCAGUGUUACAGAAAACCCACCAAUGGACUUCAAAAAGAUGCUGAAGAAGCGGCAGGAGCACACACAUGUUGUCUAAUACUAGCUGUGACACUCCUAGAACCUGUCAAGAGGUAUGGAGAAGAGAGGGGAGAAGAAGAAGCCACCUACAGAGGAGGAGAUGUUAAAGAUCCUGGCUGGAGCUGACAAGAAGGACUAUGGGAGGAUCUGUGCUGAGUAUGGCUUCAGCGACAUCAGAGGCAUUCUCGAGAAGUUCAAGGAGAUGAAGAAGACAGUGGAGGUGGAGAUGGUGCGUGUCUUGAAGCCCCUGGAAGACAUCUCCGCCAAAGCUGACAUCGUGUUCGACACUGUCUUGGAACUGAAGGAUCCAAACAUCAUGAUGCAGUGUUUUUUGAUGAACUGCUUAAAGUCAUGUCUGACUUCAAGCCAAAAAAAGAUUUUCCCAGAAGUGGUUUUGCAGGUAAAGGAAAAGGGGGGAAAAAGAGAUGAAAAGUCUGAUGUCCCUCUGUCUGAGGAUGGUCUGACCUACACCUUAAAGAUUAAGGAUGUGAAAGCCACUGACACUGGAAACUAUACAAUCAGCACUGGAGACCUCACUGCCACCUUGCUACUUUUUAUUGAACGCUUUCCCAUCAAGUUUACCAGCCAUUUGAAGAAUGUCUGUGUGCAUGAGAGAAGCACAGCCCGCCUGGAGUGUGAGAUGAGCUCCAAGGACGUGCACAUUCACUGGCUGAAGGAUGGGUGUGAUAUCACAGCAAGCGGGCGCUACAUCUUCAUGCGUGAGGGGAAAAGGGCUGAGGUUAUUAUAGAAGAGUGUCAGCUGGCAGAUGAGGGAGAGUACUCUGUUGUCUGCACUCAGGAGAACGAUACAUACGAAUAUGUCACGUCUGCUAAAGUCACUGUGGAUGAGUGUUUUGCCUCACUGAAGAGUGCUAUGUCAGAUGUUCAGUGUUCUACAGGCUCCCCUGCAGAGCUGAGUGUUGUUCUUGAUGAUGAGGUGGAUGGAGUAUGGCUGAAGGAUGGGGUGGAGUUUUCGAAGCUGAAUGGAGUUCAGCUGGUAAAACAGGGAGCUGUGCACAAACUAAUCUUCUCUGGUGUGAACGAGUCCCAUGAGAGCAAGUACACAUUCAGAGCUAAAGGGGCAGAAAGUGAGGCUGUGCUCAGUAUUGCAGACCCUCCAGAAAUUGAUUCCUCUCCACUGGACUUGUUGGGGGCUCAGCCAGUGACUGUAAAGGCAGGCCACACAGCCACCAUUAACAUCCUCUUCAAAGGCAAACCAGAUCCUAAGCUUACCAGGUAUAAAGAUGGUGUGAAGGUUAUGGAGGAUGAGAGGACCAAGGUGGAGCGGACAGAUAAUAGCACCUCAUUGGUGCUGAGCAGGUGGAUUAAAAUAAACAGUGUCAUCUUGUUUCAUAUGCAGAUACAGUUGUUUUUUAAUUCACUUUGGAUGUUCCUUACUGAUGCUACAUUCACAUCUGGCACAUUCACACCUUUAUUACUGUUUCCAGAAUCCAACUUCAUGGUGUAUGGAUUGGUGGAAGAUAUGGAGUAUGUGACCAGUGUAAACAGGGCUGGUGCAGGCACUCCCAGCAACAUUUCUAAUCCCAUGCUGGCUAAAAAUCCAGCAUCAGCUCCUGGCCUAGUGAGGAACCUGGGUGUGUCUGAUUCCACAAACUCCUCCAUUUCUCUAAAGUGGACUCCUCCAUGCCCAUCAGGAGAUGCUGAGACGUGGAGGAAAGCCACUAAGAUCCCCGUCUCCUAUACUGCCUUCACAGUGGUGGGACUUCAGGAGCGGAUGAAGUACCACUUUCGUGUCCAAGCUGUCAAUGAAAAAGGGGUGGGGGAGCCCAGUGAGCUAGCAGAAGGUGUAUUGGCCAUAAUCGUGUGGUUUUCCAGGCUGGAAAGGAAAUUUGCCUUGACUUCAGCUUCAGUGUAAGACUUCAUCAGUGAAAUAAAGUGGCUAAUAUUUAACAGUUGUCUUUCUCUUCAGGAGUAUGUAAUAACUGUACCUCAAAACACAAACCACAAAAAUCCAGUCAGACAUACUUAUAUCCAAGAUGGCAUUCUCAGCACAGGAAGACAGGUCAUCACAAACACCAAGAAUCACUCCCAGUCAUUCAUUUCUUCAACUCAGCGACUUGACUCUGGCAUUGUUCUCCUGAAGAAUAACUAUGGAGAGGCUCACUAUGAAGUCCAUGUCAAGGUUAUAGAUGUUCCCCAGCCGCCAAAGAACCUCCAGUUGGUGGAGGAGAUCCCGGACACAGUGACUCUGCAAUGGGAUCACACCCCUGACCUGGCUGAUGAGGAUCAGGCAACACAUUGUACAGCUUCCUGGUUUACUGUAACUGAGUGUGUUUUCAUUAGCAAGUACACUGUUACUGGACUGCUUCCAGGAAGGAAGUACUAUUUUAGGGUCACUGCACAGAAUUCAGUUGGUGACAGGGAUCCCUUAGAUUCAAAGCAACUUUUCGUCAUCGCCAAGGUGACAGGUAAAAGUAGUAGCAUCAGCAGCCUUCAGGGGAAGGAAUAUGCAUUACCUCAAAGUCAUGUUAAACUUACUUUCCUGCUGCCCCUGAAGGACCAAGCCGUUCUCAGAGGACAUGACUGCACCAUGAGCUGUGCCUAACAGGGGCUGCCAACUCCACAGGCUUGCUGGUAUCAAGGGGAAUCCAUGAUCUCUGAUUCCACUCGCUUUUGGCACCGCACAGUUAAUGGAGUGUGCACUCUAGUCAUCCCCACUUGUGGAGCUCAAGACAAUGUAGAAUACACUCUGGUGCUGGAAAACCCUCUGGGGAUGGUCAAGUGUGCCUGUAGCCUAGUGGUGUAUGAUAAAGAUGACAAGGGUCUGCUGGAGAGCUGCCUGGCUAAUCAGAAAAACAAAGAGAAGCUUAUUUUGUUUUGCAAUUCUGGUAAUACUUUUGACAAACACUAGAGGUCAGACUCUCACUCUUCCUUCAGGAGUGGCUAAAUGUUUGGUGUCCAGUUCUUCCAGAAUAGCUUGUUUCACAGGACUCUGCAUCAGGCCACCUAUUAAAAAAACCUCCAGUUUGUUGCUCUAGUUUGUGUGUGAACUUAAGAUUCAAAUCAAACCAAGUUAAUUCACGGUACACGUUGCACCACAUCCACAACAGACAAUAGUGUGAGAAUAGUUUUCUGCCAAUUAUGCAAAAGGCCACAAUUUAAAGCUCAC